AUAUCUUUUGAAAUAAAAUAAAACAAAACAAAAUUUAAACAUAUUUUAUCUUCCCCCCCAAAAUAUCAAUUCAAAACAAAACGUCGAAAUUUCCCCACCCCAAAAUAAUUUAACCUCCCCAUAAGUUUUAAUUAAUAUGUACAAAGCCGUAUAUUCAUAUAUACAUGUAUACAUAUAGAUAAACAUCCCAAUCUCGCGUUUAGCAUCCCCACGUACGUUUUCUCUUCACGUAAAUUAUCACGAAAAGCAGCCGAGGCGACUGCAUAUGCGUUAUACAUAGUAUAUCUAAUUGUUCCAUCCACUUAAGCGUACCUACUUAAGCGUACACUACGCAAGCAAGCACGCUGAACAUUAACACCAUCUCGAGGCAACACCUUUACCCACAGAUUAAGUAAAAAUGAGCACCAAGGACGAAAAAUUUACCAACGAAAAUGACAUUGAAGGAAACACUGAAGAAAUCGUUGACACAUUUGACGCACUUGGUUUGAAUGAAAAAUUAUUAAGAGGUAUUUACUCGUACGGUUUUGAAAAACCAUCAGCCAUUCAGCAAAGAGGUAUUAAGCCAAUAUUGAAUGGCUACGACACGAUUGGUCAGGCACAAUCUGGAACGGGAAAGACGGCCACCUUCGUCAUUUCUUCUCUGCAGUUAAUUAACUACGACUAUGUUGCUUGCCAGGCUUUAAUUUUGGCCCCAACCCGUGAGUUGGCUCAGCAAAUUCAGAAGGUUGUGCUGGCCCUGGGAGACUACCUCAAGGUGAAGUGCCACGCGUGCGUCGGAGGAACCGUCGUGCGAGAAGACAUCGACAAACUGAAGCAGGGUGUGCACAUGGUUGUGGGAACCCCAGGUAGAGUGUACGAUAUGAUUGACAAGAGGCACUUGGGAGUGGAUAGGCUGAAGCUGUUCAUUUUGGAUGAGGCAGACGAAAUGCUCUCCAGAGGAUUUAAGGCCCAGAUAUAUGAAGUGUUUAAAAAGUUGGUCCCAGAUAUCCAGGUCGCCCUCUUCUCUGCCACCAUGCCACAGGAAAUUUUAGAGCUGACCACCAGAUUUAUGAGAGACCCCAAAACGAUUUUGGUUAAAAAGGACGAGUUAACCUUGGAAGGUAUCCGACAGUUUUACGUGGCUGUGGAAAAGGAAGAAUGGAAAUUAGACACCCUAUGUGAUUUGUAUGAAACGCUAACCAUCACCCAGAGUAUUAUUUAUUGUAACACCAGAAAAAAGGUCGACAUUUUAACCCAGGAAAUGCACAACCGACUCUUUACCGUAUCCUGCAUGCAUGGUGAUAUGGACCAGAAGGAUAGAGAUCUAAUUAUGAGAGAGUUUAGGUCUGGCUCCACAAGAGUUUUGGUCACCACCGAUUUGUUAGCCAGAGGUAUUGAUGUGCAGCAAGUAUCCCUAGUCAUUAACUACGACUUGCCCUGCUCGCCCGACACGUACAUCCACAGAAUUGGUCGUUCGGGUCGAUUCGGUCGUAAGGGAGUCGCCAUCAACUUCGUCACCAACGACGACAAGGAGAAGGACAAGUUGAAGAAAAUCGAGUCCUACUACAGCACACAAAUUGAGGAGAUGCCUUUGGAGGUUGCGGACUAUUUGUAAAAUCCCUUUUUUUUUUUUUUUUUUUUUUCAAAGAAGCCAGAAAUCAGUACCAGAGUUCACGUGGGAGAUGCCUUUUUAAGACCAAAGAUGCUUUGCAAAUGAGAAUUGUACAUUUAAAAAAAAAAAAAAAAUUCCAUCCUAUUCUAUGCUGUAUACAUUUUCAAACUGCAAUAUAGUGUUUUUAUUAUACAACCAUAUCAAAAGUGCGCAUGCGUAUGUAAUGAGUACAUGCAUAUGUGUGCGUGUAAGUUGUGCAUAUGCGUGCAUAUGUGUGCAUGUAUAUGUGUACACAUAUAUAUAUAUAUGUGCAUACAUAUGUGUGCGCAGCUGCUUGCUCCAUAUGCUUUUUUACCUGCGUGUCGAGUGUAUAUGCGCGUGUUCGAGGCGUUCGUGUAAGUUGUAUAUGCGGCGUGCAUAUACGUCUACACAUCGCAGCACAUACCAGUGGAUAUAUUCUUAUAUUAAUUUUUUUUUUUUAAUAUAAAAAUACAGGUAGAUAGAUAAAUAUAUACACGCGUAUAUUUAUUUAUAUGAACAAAAACAGCAGAUUCCAUGUGUAGUGUUUUUAAUUUGUUGCGCGCCCCUCUCAUCUUUGAAUUAAUUUUCAAUUAAGUAAUAUAGCAUAUCUAGCAUACCAUAUAUAAUAAAUAAGUGCAUACGUACACAUACAUACCUGCAUGCAUACUUAUAUAUAUAUACAAAGGUAGAUACAUAUAUAUAUAUUUAUUUUAAAGCCUCAUUUUUUUUAAAAGAAUAUAUAAAAACACAUUUUAUGUUGUAUCAAAUUAACAAACAGAAAAAAAAAUGAAACACACAAUGUACCUUAUAA